AUGGUAUCAGAGCGGCGGUCCUACCUUGCUGCUGUCACAGGCUCCGGCGAUGCUAGCCAAGGUGAACAACACAAUGCUCAGAACAAUCAGUCGCCGAUCAUGACUCCUUCUACGGCGAUCCUGCAACAGGUCCUGACACCGACCACAGGAAUUUCGCAGAGGAGUUCACCAUCUCGCAAUCUCAGACGUCUCAAUGCGGAGGAGUUGGAGAAUCCACUUUCCCUUAGCGCUAAUGAUAGACCCUGUACUGUGCUGGUGAGUCCACCAUUAGCAGGAAGCUCCAAUUAUGGAACAUGGAGCAUCUCGAUGCAGAUAUCACUUGAGGUGAAAAACAAGUGGAGCAUCGUUGAUGGAAGUUUCUCACCUCCGAGCAGAGACCAGUAUCAGUACGCAGCCUGGAGACGUUGUAACCUUAUGAUCUGUUCCUGGCUAUUCAAGUCCGUCUCUCCUCCCAUAGCGCAGAGCGUGAUGCAUCUAGACAGAGCCAGAGACGUGUGGGAGGAUCUAAGGAGGAGGUUUGCACAACGAGAUGCUCAACGCAUUUCUCUUCUACAAAACGAGAUCUACAGUCUGCGCUAA